AUGACAGGAAGAACCUGGCAGUUCAAUCGCGAGCCACAGACACGACUGGCGGUUCAACUGCCUAGAGGAUCGCGUAUGUCCAUAUCUGAUCGUGUGCAGAAGGCCCCUGUACGAAGAUAUGAGAUGACGGUGAUAUCGGAUGUCUGGCCCACAAAAUCUAAGAGCGAGCGCAGAGCCCUGCGAAGAGAGAAGCCAGCUAGCCGCGAAGAGGAAGACCGCAUGCCUACCGAGGACCGCGCGCACUUCUGGAAAGCCAGGGCGGAGCGCUUUCAUGUUGACUCUCAUUUUCCAGCGUUGGUCACGAAGCAGUUGCUUCCAAGUUGGCGGAGCUUCACGGAAGACGACAGGGAGGAGAACGGGCGGAUCGCCCCCAUGUCCAACGCGAGGUCGAGCCACCUCCCGGAUGCCAUUGCCGAGGCUCUGUCAAAGCCGACCGUGUCAUACAAUGCCAAGCAGCGUGCCAAGUUGGAGACGGACAUGAGCCCGUGCUGGUGUCCAUGA